AUGGGAAUGUAUCCCAGCAUGCUUGACAGUCAGCGACAUGAACAGGGAAGGAUGAUGAAGCUAAGAUGGCAGCGCUGCUAGGGGUGCUGUCUUUACAGGGUCAAGAAAAAUAGCAGGAACAAACGCAAGGCACAGACGUCAGCUCGCGCUGUUGACUUCUUUCACUAAAGGCAGUUGGAUCGCCUGCAGUCGAGGAAAUAACGGUCGGUUUUUGAUCCGAGCGAAGGGAAGAAGGGACGCGUAUUUCGCAGUCGCAGCAGAGCGGCUAACCGUAAACGUCGUUUUAAUUGGAGAUAACGUACUCUGAUGUAAUUCGCCGGGCGUUUUUGCGGCUUUGCGGAGCGGAUUUAUGGAGGAGGCUUGGGACUUUUAGCUCUGUUGACUGACAUUGUAAUCUAAUAUAUGCGUUGUUCCCCUAAACGAUGAUGUGUGCUGCUGCGGCAGCGGGUGCCGGUGGCAGCGGGAUCCCGUCCUCCUCGUCCCACUCCAUGGGGCUGGGAGUCAGGGUGAUUCCCGGAGCUGGAAACGAUUUCGCAUCGAUCGGAUCAGGGAUGGGCUCCUGUCCCGUUGUGGGGGCCCGCUCGGAUUGUCGGAGUCGCUACCAGCUUCUUCUCUCAGGGCGAGCACUGGCGGAGCGGUACCGGAGGAUUUACACCACCGCGAUCAACGACAAAGAGCAGGGGCUCAACCUCGGCAGGGGAAAGAAAGCUUUGAGCAAGAAGAAGCUAAAAAGGCGGCAAAAAGUCAAAUCAAAAGUGAAAACAAGAACAAAGACAGAGACUCUGGAUGGGGCCUUUCCAGUGCCUGACAUCAAACUCCACAGCAACCCCUCUGCAUUCAACGUCUACUGUAAUGUACGGCACUGCGUGCUGGACUGGCAGCAGAAGGAGGCCGCGUUGGCCCUGGCUUCUCGCAACUCUGUGCAGAGCGGCGACUCAGACAGUGAGGAGGAGGAGGAGUACCGCGAACCCGCCGUCAAACUGCCCAAGAUCAUUGGUAUUGGGCUGUGUGGAGUGUUUGAGCUCAUCAAAGAGACUCGUUUCUCACACCCGUCACUGUGCUUACGGAGCCUUCAGGCCCUUUUAGAUAUGCUCCAGGGACAACAGCCAGAGAGCUUUCAGACUGAACCUCCAGAUGUGCUGGAGUCUCUCUUUCAUCUCCUGCUGGAGACCACCGUGCGGAGCACAGGGAUGAACGACCCCACUGGUCAGACCCUCACAGCGUUGUCCUGUGCCUGCCUCUUCAGCCUGGUGGUGGCCUGGGGAGACACUGGCAAAAUCCUCCAGGCUGUGUCUGCCAUCCUCACCAACAAUGGCAGUCAUGCAUGCCAGACCAUCCAGGUUCCAACAAUCCUGAACGCCCUUCAGAGGAGUGUGCAGGCAGUGCUGGUGGGAAAGAUCCAGAUCCAGGACUGGUUUGGGAACGGCAUCAAGAGAGCCGCACUGAUGAACAAAUGGGUUUUGAAGGAGGUGAGCAUCGAUGAAGAUGAACGCUGUCUUCUUCAAACUGAUGGUUCCUUCCUGUACCUGCUCUGUAAAGAUGGCCUCUACAAAGUGGGCUCAGGGUACAGUGGCACCGUGCGGGGCCAUGUGUACAACUCCACAUCACGUAUCAGGAACCGUAAGGAGAAGAGGUCAUGGCUGGGAUUCGCCCAGGGUUGUUUGCUGUAUCGAGACAUGAACAGUCACAGCAUGGAGGCCAUUAAGAUCAAUCCAGAGACUCUGGAGCAGGAGGGCACCAUCACAAUGCCGGGUCUACAAGCAGAUGGUCAGAACAUCAUAUUCACUGAUGGAGAAUAUAUCAACCAGAUUGCAGCCUGCAAAGAUGAUGGCUUUGUGGUGCGGAUCUACGCCACCAGCUCAGACCCAGCCCUACAGCAGGAACUGCAGCUCAAACUGGCCAGGAAGUGUCUUCAUGCCUGUGGCAUCUCCCUCUUUGACCUGGAGAAAGACCUUCAUAUCAUCAGCACAGGGUUUGAUGAGGAAGCAGCCCUGAUUGGAGCUGGCAGAGAGUUUGCUUUGAUGAAAACGGCAUCUGGGAAGAUCUACUAUACUGGAAAGUAUCAGAGCCUCGGUAUCAAGCAGGGUGGCCCGUCAGCUGGGAAGUGGGUGGAGCUGCCAGUAACGAAAUCACCUAAGAUUGUGCAGUUCUCAGUGGGCCAUGAUGGCUCCCACGCCCUGCUGGUGGCGGAGGAUGGGAGCGUCUUCUUCACGGGUUCCGCCAGCAAAGGGGAGGACGGAGAGUCAACAAAGAGCAGGAGACAACCAAAGCCCUACAAACCCAAGAAGAUGAUCAGACUCGAGACCAAGAUGGCCAUCUACACGGCCUGCAACAAUGGCAGUAGCAGCAUUGUCACUAAAGAUGGAGAGCUCUACAUGUUUGGCAAGGAUGCCAUUUACAGUGACAGUACCUGUCAGGUGUCAGAUCUGAAGGGACACUUUGUAACUCAGGUAGCCAUGGGGAAAGCUCACACCUGUGUCCUGACCAAGAGCGGAGAGGUGUGGACAUUUGGAGUGAACAACAAGGGCCAGUGUGGUCGAGACACUGGAACCAUGAGCCAGGCAGGGAAGGCGUUUGGAGUGGAGAACAUGGCUACCGCAAUGGACGAGGACUUGGAGGACGAGCUGGAUGAGAAGGAGGAGAAAUCUAUGAUGUGUCAGCCAGGCAUGCACAAGUGGAAGCUGGACCAGUGUAUGGUGUGCACCGUGUGUGGAGACUGCACCGGGUAUGGAGCCAGCUGUGUGAGCAGCGGCCGACCAGACAGGGUGCCAGGAGGGAUUUGUGGCUGUGGCUCUGGUGAGUCGGGCUGUUCGUCAUGUGGCUGCUGUAAAGCCUGUGCCAGAGAGCUGGAUGGUCAGGAGGCCAGACAGAGAGGAAUCUUUGAUGCUGUGAAAGAAAUGAUACCGCUGGACCUGCUGUUAGGUACUGAGGUGUCAUCCAGUCACAUUCAGUACAGUUUCAUAUCCAUCAAAUCACAUCCCUUUCCUGUCUGCAGGCUUCAUCCUGUCAUAUGUUCAACCAUACUGUCUUCAUGCAUGAAAUAUUCAUUUCUCUUUCCCCUCAUAGGCCCCCUUGUUUUUCCUGGUCCCCUUUUAAUGAACCAGCGUGAGCAGGUGCUAGCCAGACUAAGACCCCUUCAGGCCUUUAAGCUAAUGCGGGAGAGACUCAAAGAUGGCAGCAGUGAACGCGGGGACAAAGAUGCCAGUAAGAUCACUACAUAUCCUCCCGGGGCCGUACGCUUCGACUGUGAGCUGCGAGCCGUGCAGGUCAGCUGCGGUUUCCAUCACUCCGUGGUGUUAAUGGAGAAUGGAGAUGUUUACACCUUCGGUUAUGGACAGCAUGGACAACUUGGGCAUGGAGAUGUUAAUUCUAGGGGGUCUCCCACUCUGGUGCAAGCUCUGCCCGGCCCCAGUACUCAGGUGACGGCAGGCAGUAACCACACUGCAGUGCUUCUCAUGGAUGGACAGGUCUUCACCUUCGGGAGUUUCUCGAAAGGGCAGUUAGGACGGCCCAUCCUAGACAUGCCCUACUGGAACGCCAAGCCCUCUCCGAUGCCCAACAUUGGCGCCAAGUACGGUCGAAAAGCCACGUGGAUCGGGGCCAGCGGUGAUCAAACCUUCCUUAGAAUCGACGAGGCGCUAAUCAACUCCCACAUCCUGGCCACCUCCGAGAUUUUUGCCAGCAAACACAUCAUCGGUUUGGUUCCAACAUCGGUAUCUGAGCCUCCUCCCUUCAAAUGCCUACUGAUCAACAAACUGGACGGGAGCUGCCGCACCUUCAAUGACUCAGAGCAGGAGGAUCUCCAGGGUUUCGGCCUCUGUUUGGACCCUGUCUAUGAUGUCAUCUGGAGGUUCCUACCUGCCACACGUGAGAUGUGCUGCUAUAACGCGGUGAUAGCAGACGCCCGUGUGCCCAAUGCCUCGGACAUCCAGGCCCUCUGCAGCAUCCUGAGUCCUGAGCUGGCUCUGCCCUCGGGCUCCCACUCCACCACCACCCGCUCCCACGGAGCGCUGCACAUCCUGGGUUGUCUGGACACACUGGCUGCGAUGCAGGAGCUGAAGAUGGGUGUAGCCAGUGCUGAGGAAGAGACUCAGGCUGUGAUGAAGGUCUACUCUAAAGAGGACUACAGCGUGGUCAACCGCUUUGAGAGUCACGGAGGAGGCUGGGGUUACUCUGCCCACUCAGUGGAGGCCAUCCGCUUCUGCGCCGAUGCUGACAUCUUGUUAGGAGGAUUGGGUCUUUUUGGUGGCCGAGGGGAGUACACUGCAAAAAUCAAGCUGUUUGAGCUGGGGCCAGAUGGAGGAGACCACGAGACUGAUGGAGAUCUGCUGGCUGAGACAGAUGUUCUGGCAUACGACUGUGCUGCUCGGGAGAAGUACGCCAUGAUGUUCGAUGAGCCUGUGCUGCUGCAGUUGGGCUGGUGGUAUGUGGCGUGGGCUCGUGUGUCUGGACCCAGCAGUGACUGCGGCUCCCACGGCCAGGCCACCAUCACCACUGAUGACGGUGUGGUCUUUCAGUUCAAGAGCUCGAAGAAAUCAAACAACGGUACUGAUGUGAAUGCUGGACAAAUACCUCAGCUGCUGUACAGGUUGCCCUCUAAUGAUGGUAACGCAUCCAAAGGAAAGCAGCAGACCAGUGAGCCUGUGCACAUCCUCAAGCGUUCUUUCGCCAGGACCGUGUCUGUGGACUGUUUCGAGUCUCUGCUGAGUGUCCUGCACUGGAGCUGGACCACGCUGGUGUUGGGGGUGGAGGAGCUGAGGGGCCUCAAAGGCUUCCAGUUCACAGCCACCCUUCUGGACCUGGAGCGCCUGCGGUUUGUGGGCACCUGCUGCCUGCGACUGUUGCGCGUCUACAUCUGCGAGAUCUUCCCCAUUUCUGCCAGUACCAAAGCGGUUGUGGAGGAGUCCAGCAAGCUGGCGGAGUGUGUAGGAAAGACUCGUAGCCUCCUGAAGAAGAUCCUGUCAGAGGGGAUGGACAACUGCCUGACCAAACUGGACAACGACCCGCAGGGGUAUCUGAGUCAACCCCUCACACUGCUGGAGGCCGUGCUGCAAGAGUGCCACAACACCUUCACCGCCUGCUUCCACUCGUUCUACCCGACUCCGGCCCUGCAGUGGGCCUGCCUCUGCGACCUGCUCAACUGCCUGGACCAGGACAUCCAAGAGGCGAACUUCCGCACGUCGAGCAGCCGUCUGCUGGCCGCGGUGAUGUCAGCACUGUGUAACACGUCGGUCAAGCUGACCUCUGUCUUGCCCAUCGCGUACGACGGGGAGGUGUUGCUGCGCUCCCUCGUCAAGCAGGUCAGCACUGAAAACGACUCUGCCCUCGCUCACCGCUUCCCCUUGCUGGUGGCACACAUGGAGAAGCUCAGCCACACGGAAGAGAAUCUCAUGGGCAUGACGACUUUCCGGGAGGUUCUGGAGAAGAUGCUUGUCAUUGUGGUGCUUCCUGUGAGGAAGAGUCUGAGGAAGGAGGUUGAGCUCUUUUCUCCUCAUCUGGUGUCCAACACCUGCGGCCUGCUGGCCAGUAUCGUCAGUGAGCUCACCGCCUCUGCUCUCGGCUCUGAGGUGGACGGGCUGAACUCCCUGCACUCUGUGAAGUCCACCCCCGACCGCUUCACCAAGACCAGCCAGGGACGCAGCUGGAACACGGGGAACGGCUCGCCCGAUGCCAUCUGUUUCACUAUGGACAAGCCAGGGGUGGUGCUGGUGGGUUUCUGUGUAUACGGAGGAGGAGGCAUCCAUGAGUACGAGCUGGAGGUGCUCGCUGAUGAUGCUCAGACGGAGCACCCUGGAGAUUCCGCCCACUCCCACAGAUGGACGUCUCUAGAACUGGUCAAAGGCACUUACAGCACUGACGACUCCCCCAGUGACAUCGCUGAGAUCCGUCUGGACAAAGCUGUUCCUCUGAAGGAGAAUGUGAAAUAUGCUGUCCGCCUGAGGAACUAUGGCAGCCGCACAGCCAAUGGGGAUGGAGGCAUGACCACCGUGCAGUGCUCUGAUGGAGUUACCUUCACCUUCAGCACCUGCAGCCUGAGCAGCAACGGCACCAACCAGACCAGAGGCCAGAUCCCCCAGAUUCUCUAUUACAGGAGUGAAUAUGAUGGUGACCUGCAGUCACAGCUGUUAAGCAAAGCCAAUGAAGAGGACAAGAACUGCAGUCGUGCUCUUUCUGUAGUCAGUGUGGUGGUGCGGGCGGCCAAAGACCUCCUCCACAGGGCCUUUGCUGUGGACGUUGAAGACAUUCCAGAACUCCUGAGUUCCUCCAGUCUUUUCUCAAUGCUGCUUCCACUUAUUUUGGCAUACAUUGGUCCUGUGGCUGCAUCUGUCCCUAAGGCUGCGGUGGAAGUGUUUGGUUUGGUGCAGGAACUUCUUCCAGCUGUUUCUGCCCUGAACCAGAAAUAUGCCCCUCCCGCUUUCAAUCCCAACCAGUCCACAGACAGCACCACUGGGAACCAGCCGGAGCAGGGCCUAUCAGUUUGCACCACCUCAAAUCAUUAUGCUGUCAUAGAGAGUGAUCACCCCUACAAGCAGGCUGCUGUCACCCAGUACAAGGUUUCCUUCCCAGACUGCGUUCGCUGGGUGACCAUUGAGUUUGAUCCUCAGUGUGGCACAGCACAGCCAGAAGAUGUCCUCCGUCUCCUGAUCCCCAGCCGAUCGAUGCACUUCUCUGGGCUCGGCUCCAAAUCUCUGGUUCACGAGACCAUCAACAGCUGGACCGAGCUCAAGAAGUUCUCUGGCUCCAGUGGCUGGCCCACCGCUGUCUUGGUGCUGCCAGGUAACGAAGCCCACUUCUCUUUGGAAACUGCAUCAGAUUAUGUGAAAGACGAGAAAGCCUGUUUCUAUGGAUUCAAAUGUGUAGCUGUUGGUUAUGAGUUUAACCCUGGUCUUGAUGAGGGAAUUAUUCAGCUGGAGAAGGAAUUGGCCUAUUUGGGAAGCGUGUGUGCAGCUGCACUCAUGAAAAAGGAUCUUGCUUUACCCAUAGGAAAUGAACUGGAGGAGGAUUUGGAGAUUUUAGAGGAGGCCUCACUCCAGGUUUGUAAAACCCACUCAGGGCUCCUGGGGAAGGGACUGGUGCUUUCUCACUCUCCCACAAUCCUAGAGGCGCUGGAGGGCAACCUGCCACUGCACCUGCAGACUAACGAACACUCCUUCCUAGAGGACUUCAUCACCUGUGUGCAGAACUCCAGCGGCGGGCGGCUCGCCAGGUGGCUUCAGCCAGACUCCUACGCAGACCCUCAGAAGACCUCGCUCAUACUCAACAAAGACGACAUCCGCUGUGGCUGGCCCACUACUGUUGUGGUGCAGACCAAAGACCAAUAUGGAGAUGUUGUGCAUGUGCCAAACAUGAAGGUUGAAGUCAAGGCUGUUCCUGUCUCUCAGAAGAAGUCCCUCCAGCAGGAGAACAUGAAGAAACUGCAGCGUUUGCCAGGCAGCUCCUCUAAUUCCACAUCAGGCACUGACCUCACCUACGGUGGCCACCCACCGCCCAAACUGGAGGCGACAUAUGAGCCCAUGAUCAUCAAAGAGGCCCGAUAUAUCGCCAUCACCAUGAUGAAGGCAUAUGAAAAUUACUCCUUUGAAGAGCUUCGCUUCGCCUCACCGACACCAAAGAGACCCAGUGAGAACAUGCUUAUCCGGGCAAACACAGACGGCACCUACAGCGCUAACUGGACCCCUGGUGCUGUUGGGCUGUACACCAUUCAUGUGACCAUCGAUGGCAUUGAGAUUGAUGCUGGUCUGGAGGUGGAGGUCAAAGAUCCACCCAAAGGAAUGAUCCCUCCUGGCACACAGAUGGUCAAACCUAAAGCUGAACCUCAGCCUAGCAAGGUGCGCAAAUUUGUGGCCAAGGACAGCGCAGGGCUGCGUGUGCGUAGUCACCCCUCUCUGCAGAGCGAACAGAUAGGCAUAGUCCAAGUCAAUGGCACCAUCACAUUCAUUGACGAGAUCCACAAUGAUGAUGGUGUCUGGCUCAGACUGAAUGAUGAGACAGUAAAGAAGUAUGUUCCCAACAUGAAUGGGUACACUGAAGCCUGGUGCCUCUCUUUUAACCAGCAUCUGGGCAGAAGCCUCCUCGUCCCUGUCGACGUGAUUAACUCGGAGGGCACCUGGGUUCAGCUGGAUAAGAACAGUGUGGUGGAGUUCUGUGAGAGCGAUGAGGGGGAGGCCUGGUCUCUGGCCCGAGACAGAGGGGGAAACCAGUACCUACGUCACGAGGAAGAGCAAGCAAUUUUGGAGCAUGGAGCCCAGACCCCUCCUCCCAGCCCGUUCUCAGUCCAGGCGUUUAACAGGGGCAUGGGCAGCUCGGGAGCUCAGGGCUUCGACUACGGCAUCAACAACAAAGGUGACAGGGAUAACUUGGCCAGUCGGUCUAUGUCUCCAGGCAGCAAGCAUCGUCAAGAGAGUCGAUCCUCCAAAACGGACAGUCACUCUAGUCGAUCUGUUGACCAGGUGAAGAGCAAGAACAAUGACAGUCUGUCUGCCAGCGAGGCCCUCAGUCUCAAAUCAGACACCGGCAAACUGCGGUCUGACUCUCACAGCCGCUCCCAUUCCCCUAACCACAACACGCUACAAGCCCUGAAAGCUGAUGGCCGAACCUCAGGCCUUAGGGCUGAGUCUCCGAACCCUAGCUCCCGUUCCUCCUCACCCAAACAGAAGACCUUCAGUUCGGGUAGAUCUAGCCCUUCCAGCAACAGUUCUCCACGUUCAUCCUCUCCUCACGACAAGAACCUGCCCUCUAAAGUUAGUCCUUCUUCUAAAGCUCACCUGGACCCUCCUCGUGAGAGAUCCAAAUCUGACUCCUAUACGCUAGACCCUGACACGCUCAGAAAGAAGAAGGUUCCUUUCAUGGAACCUCUGAGAGGCAGGUCUACAUCUCCCAAGCCAAAAAUUUCACCCAAAGAGAGCAAAGGAGGAAGCAGCAAUGCUGAGAACCGAGCCCCAUCUCCCCAUGUAGUUCAAGAGAACCUCCACAGCGAAGUGGUGGAGGUGUGUAGGUCCAGCACCUUGCUGUCCAAUGAUGAAGCCAAUGAUGAGAAUGCAGAGUUGCACAAUGCUGAAGAGGGCUCUUCCAAGGUCCACUUUAGUAUUGGAAAAGCCCCGGUCAAGGAGGAACUUGAAAGCCGUUCUUCACCCAAAGUUAGCCGUAAAACCUCCAGCAGGCAUGUGAGACCCAAAAAAGACAAAUCUGGGCCACUCUUUAAGGGUGAAAACGUGCGUCCUGCUGAACCCGCCAAGCAAGCCAUGUCGCCUUCUGUUGCGGAAUGUGCUCGUGCUGUUUUUGCUGCCUUCCUCUGGCAUGAGGGCAUAGUACAUGAUGCCAUGGCAUGCUCUUCCUUCCUGAAGUUCAACCCUGAGCUGACCAAAGAACAUGCACCCAUCCGUAAUUCUCUCAGCUGCCAGCAGGGUUUUGAAGAGAAGGAGAGCAAACUGAAGAACCGUCACUCUCUGGAGAUCUCCUCGGCCCUCAACAUGUUCAACAUAUCACCACAUGGCCCAGACAUUUCCAAGAUGGGUAGCAUCAACAAGAACAAGGUUCUGUCCAUGCUGAAAGAGCCACCCUUGCCCGAGAAGUGCGAGGAUGGAAAAAGUGAGGCGGUCUCCUAUGAGAUGACCAGCAACUCCAUGAGGUCUAAGUCCAUCUUGCCUCUCACCCUCCAGCACCUAGUAGCAUUCUGGGAGGACAUAUCCAUGGCUACCAUAAAAGCGGCUACACAGAAUAUGAUCUUCCCGAGUCCAGGGUCCAGUGCUAUCCUUAAAAAGAAGGAGAAUGAAAAGGACAGCAAGAAGACCAAGAAAGAGAAGAAGAAAAAGGAGAAAGCCGAGGUUCGCCCCAGGGGGAACCUCUUUGGGGAGAUGGCGCAGUUAGCUAUGGGAGGCCCUGAGAAGGAUACCGUCUGUGAGCUGUGUGGAGAGUCUCACCCAUACCCUGUUACGUACCACAUGAGACAGGCCCACCCAGGCUGUGGUCGAUAUGCUGGAGGUCAGGGCUAUAACAGUAUUGGUCACUUUUGUGGAGGCUGGGCUGGUAACUGUGGAGAUGGUGGGAUUGGAGGAAGCACCUGGUACUUGGUGUGUGAUCGUUGUAGAGAGAAGUACCUGAGAGAAAAACAAACAGCUACCAGAGAAAAGGUCAAGCUGUCAAGGAAGAAACCUCUCCAGGUGAAAACCCCACGGGCUCUGCCCACGAUGGAGGCCCACCAGGUGAUCCGUGCCAAUGCACUGUUCCUGCUGUCUCUGAGCAGCGCCGCUGAGCCAAGUCUACUUUGCCAUUACCCACCUAAACCCUUCCACGCACAUCUGCCCAGCCUCAAAGAGGGAGUGUCUGAGGAACUACCCAACAAGAUGGGCUGCCUCUAUCUGCAAACUCUAGCCCGCCAACACACUGAGAACUUUGGGGCCUAUCAAGAUGACAACUUGUUUCAGGAUGAGAUGCGUUACCUGCGUUCUACGUCAGUCCCUGCUCCCUAUAUUUCAGUCACUCCUGAUGCCUGCCCCAAUGUUUUUCAAGAGCCAGGAAGUAACAUGAAGUCCAUGCCCCCAAGUUUGGAGACAAGUCCAAUCACAGACAGUGACACAGCCAAGCGGACAGUAUUCCAGCGCUCAUAUUCAGUGGUGGCCUCCGAGUAUGAUAAGCAGCACUCAGCUUCCCCAGCACGGGUCAAAGCAGUGCCGAGACGCAGGGUACACAGCGGGGAUGCAGAAGUUGGGUCAUCACUGCUUCGUCACCCUUCUCCUGAGUUGUCUCGACUGAUCUCAGCCCACGGCUCUCUCAGCAAGGGUGAAAGAAACUUCCAGUGGCCUGUGCUGGCAUUUGUUAUCCAGCAUCAUGACCUAGAGGGCCUGGAAGUGGCUAUGAAGCAUGCACUCCGCAAAUCAGCCUGCAGGGUGUUUGCCAUGGAGGCUUUUAAUUGGCUGCUGUGUAAUGUUACCCAGACCACCUCCCUCCAUGAUAUCCUGUGGCACUUUGUGGCGUCUCUGACUCCGUCUCCCUUUGAGACGGAAGAAGAGGAGGAGGAAGAGAACAAAGGGAACAAGGAGAACCUCGAGCAGGAGAAGGAUUUAGGUGUAUGUGAGCACCCCCUGUCUGACAUUCUCAUCGCAGGAGAGGCGGCUCACCCGCUGCCCCACACCUUCCACCGUCUGCUCCAGACCAUCUCUGACCUCAUGAUGUCACUUCCCAGUGGAAGCUCACUUCAGCAGAUGGCCCUCAGAUGUUGGAGUCUGAAAUUCAAACAAUCAGAUCAUCAGUUCCUGCACCAGAGUAACGUAUUUCACCACAUCAACAACAUCCUGUCCAAAUCAGAUGAUGGGGACAGUGAGGAGAGUUUUAACAUCAGCGUACAGUCGGGAUACGAAGCGAUUAGUCAGGAACUUUGUGUGUUGACCUGUCUGAAAGAUCUGACCAGCGUGGUAGACAUUAAAACGUCCAGCCGACCAGCCAUGAUCGGCAGCCUGACUGAUGGCUCCACUGAGACGUUCUGGGAGUCUGGAGAUGAAGAUAAGAACAAAACAAAGAGCAUCACUAUCAGCUGUGUCAAAGGCAUCAAUGCCUCAUAUGUCUCUGUCCAUGUCGACAACUCUCGUGACAUUGGAAAUAAAGUCACGUCAAUGAUAUUCCUUUGUGGGAAGGCUGUGGAAGAUCUCUGCAGAAUCAAGCAGCUUGACUUAGACUCGAGGCACAUGGGCUGGGUGACCAGUGAGCUGCCUGGAGGAGACCACCACGUGAUCAAGAUCGAGCUUAAGGGUCCUGAGAACACGCUUAGGGUACGGCAGGUCAAAGUGCUUGGCUGGAAGGAGGGCGAGAGCAUCAAGAUUGCUGGGCAGAUAUCAGCCAGUGUAUCUCAGCAGAAGAACUGCGAGGCUGAGACGCUGCGUGUCUUCCGCCUCAUUACAUCACAGGUGUUUGGGAAACUAAUUUGUGGGGAUGCAGAACCAACACCAGAACAAGAAGAGAAGAACCUGCUCUCCUCACCCGAGGGUGAAGACAAGGCUCCAUCUGAUGCAGACUUGAAGGAGCACAUGGUUGGCAUUAUUUUCAGCAGGAGCAAACUGACCAACCUUCAGAAACAGGUGUGUGCCCAUAUCGUCCAGGCCAUCCGUAUGGAGGCCACGCGAGUGCGGGAGGAAUGGGAGCACGCCAUUUCCAGCAAGGAGAACGCAAACUCUCAGCCCAGUGACGACGACGCCUCCUCUGAUGCUUACUGCUUUGAGCUGUUGUCUAUGGUGCUGGCCUUGAGUGGAUCUAACGUUGGGCGGCAGUACCUGGCCCAGCAGCUCACCCUACUGCAGGACCUCUUCUCCCUCCUUCACACCGCCUCGCCACGCGUCCAGAGACAGGUGACGUCACUGCUCAGGCGCGUUCUUCCUGAGGUCACUCCCAUGCGCCUGGCCAGCGUCAUCGGCGUAAAGGCGCUGCCACCAGCAGACAUCAGUGACAUCAUCCACUCCACCGAGAAGAGCGACUGGACCAAGCUGGGCAUUUUAGAUAUGUUUCUGGGCUGCAUCGCCAAAGCCCUCACUGUGCAGCUCAAGGCGAAGGGCACCACUAUAGUUGGCACAGCUGGCAUGGCUGCAGGCAAAGGAGUCACUACAGUCACCCUACCCAUGAUCUUCAACUCAAGCUACAUACGGCGUGGAAUUAGUCACUGGUGGAUGAAGGGCUCCACUCCGCCUCAGAUCGCUGAGAUUAUUAUUAAACUCGUCAAAGACAUGGCUGCUGGCCACCUCUCGGAUGCCUGGUCCAGGGUGACUAAGAAUGCUAUUGCUGAGACCAUCAUUGCGCUCACUAAGAUGGAAGAGGAGCAUCGCUGUCCGGUGCGCUGCAUCGCCACCACUCGGCUAUGGCUCGCAUUGGCCUCUCUAUGUGUGCUGGAUCAGGACCACGUGGACCGACUGUCUUCAGGACGCUGGAUGGGCAAAGACGGGCAGCAGAAGCAGAUGCCCAUGUGUGAUAACCAUGAUGACGGGGAGACGGCAGCCAUCAUUCUGUGUAAUGCUUGUGGAAACCUGUGCACCGACUGCGACCGCUUCCUCCAUCUCCACCGCCGUACACGGACCCACCAGAGACAGGUCUUUAAGGAGGAGGAAGAGGCCAUUAAGGUGGACCUACAUGAAGGCUGUGGUAGAACCAAACUCUUUUGGCUCAUGGCAUUGGCCGACUCUAAGACCAUGAAGGCCAUGGUGGAGUUCCGUGAGCACACAGGGAAACCAGCUUCCAGCAGUUCAGACGUCUGCCGCUUCUGUGGCACCAGGAACGGCACAGAGCUGUCUGCAGUAGGAAGUGUAUGUUCAGACCAAGACUGUCAGGAGUAUGCAAAGCUGGCCUGCAGUAAGACUCAUCCGUGCGGUCACCCGUGUGGAGGGGUCAAAAAUGAAGAGCUGUGUCUGCCCUGUUUACAUGGUUGUGACAAAACCACAGCCUGUCUGAAACAGGACGCUGAUGAUAUGUGUAUGAUUUGCUUCACUGAGGCUCUGUCUGCUGCUCCAGCAAUCCAGCUGGACUGCAGUCACGUGUUCCAUCUUCAGUGCACAAGAAGGGUUCUGGAGAACCGCUGGCUUGGGCCCAGGAUAACCUUCGGGUUCAUGUCUUGCCCUAUUUGCAAGGCUGAGUGGGUAAUCAGCUGCUUCAAGUGCAAAAAGGCCUAUUUUGGGGGAGAAGCUCGCUGUGAUGCCGAGGCAGGACAAGGCGACGAUUAUGAUCCCCGUGAGCUCAUCUGUGGUGCGUGCUCAGAUGUGUCCAGAGCACAGAUGUGCUCUAAACACGGGACAGAUUUCCUGGAGUAUAAAUGUCGUUACUGUUGCUCUGUGGCUGUGUUCUUCUGCUUUGGGACGACACAUUUUUGCAACGCCUGUCAUGAUGAUUUCCAGAGGAUGACCAGUGUCCCAAAAGAAGAGCUGCCUCAUUGUCCUGCUGGACCAAAAGGAAAACAGUUAGAAGGAAGCGAGUGUCCCCUGCAUGUGGUCCAUCCUCCCACCGGAGAGGAGUUCGCUCUGGGCUGCGGCGUGUGUAGAAAUGCCCAUACCUUCUAAACGCCAGGCUCCCGUAAUGAUCGCCCUCUCUCUAUAUAUAUAUAUAUAUAUAUUCACCCUCCUGUGGCGGCCGACUCCCUCUUCAGCGCAGCCCGAGAGCAGAUACACCGGACGUCCCAUUCUGAGGGGGCUGUGACGGGCUGCUGUGCUCCAGGGUGCAUCCUCCCUCUCUUUAUACGCAGAAGAAUGAAAAAAAAGAACUAAAAAAUAACGUUGUGACAUGUUUGCAUGCAGCCGUUGUAACCCUGCGGCUUGUAUAAACGUUGCACACCUCCUGACCACUGAAGGGUAACAAUGUAUGGAGGAUUUUGGGAUCCGAGACCACGUGGAUGGGCCAUGAUUUCAGCUUCUCGAAUACAAAUUUAAGAUUCUAUUGUUGUAUGUAAACUGAUUUUUUUUUCGUAAUCCUGUACAGUAUUCCUUCACUUCGGAGUGCAUCAUGGUUUGACGGCUAAAGAUUCAAAUGCUAUAAGAGGACUUUAGAAUGUGACGCUGGGGGAAAAUAGUGUACGAUUUAUCUAAUCUUGUAUAUAAUGACAGUAACCCUUCAUAUGUGUAUCCCGACGUUGCUACUCUCUACACUUCAGUUUCGUUUGAUAUUCUGGGUUAUGUUUUGAGCCAGAACUUUUAAUGAAGUGCAAUACUGGGCGUGCCUCCUCACAGAUGUAAACAAUAUGGAAUGUAUGUCAAUAAAGCCACUGUACAUUUUGAUACAGUGUUGUGUUUUCCCCGGCAAGUGCGGUAUCAUUUCUGUAGUCAGAUCGUUAUCGAGGGGCUUGUUGUCUGCGGUGUCUGCCCUUUCGUCUCAAUGACGUGGUAUAAACCCCUUUUUUCUGUCAUUUUAAAAGCGAAGGUGAGUAUGUUCUGCUUUUGUAUUGUGAGAACACGACUCCUUGGGGCCAGUCUUCACACCAAAUCAAAGGAAUGUGAGGCAAAACAAGCGAUAUAUUAGAAAUUGUGGCUAUUUAGCGGUUGUUUUGGAGGCAUAUAGGAAGGAAUGUUUGGGGGUGUGAUAAACAGCUGCUGUAAAAGACAAAAAAAUUGCAACUUGUGAAUCUGCUUUGUAUUAUUAUCUGUGGAUGGAGCUGAAUGGUAAUAAUAAACCGGGUUCUCUGUUCAGCAAGGUACAUUACAAAA